CUGAGCGCCACUGCUUGCUAGUAGCUAAGCUACACACACCAGCUCUAGCAACAAGCUCUCUUCUUCCCCGUGCGUCGUCCCAUCAGCCCAAGCCCCUGCCCGAUCAAGCCGUAGGUACGGUGUUGCCAUGGCCGCCGCCGCCUCCAGCUUGGGCACCGCGAUGCAGGAGGAGCAGCGCCACAAGCCCCGGCCCUACCACCCGAGCCCCUGGGGCGACUUCUUCCUCGGCCACCAGCCGUGCACGCCGGCGGAGCUCCUGGCCAUGAAGGAGGAGGCGCGGACCAAGGAGGAGGAGCUGAGGCGGGCCGUGCUGGCCGCCGCCGCCUCCGUCGACCUGGCCGCCAAGUUGGAGCUCGUCGACGCACUGCAGCGGAUCGGGGUGGACUACCGCUUCGGGGAGGAGAUCAACGGCCUGCUGCGCGCCGUCGUCCACGAUGCCGACGAGGACGACGACGGCGGCGACCUCUACCUCACCUCGCUGCGGUUCUACUUGCUCAGGAAGAACGGGUUCAAUGUCACCUCAGAUGUGUUUGCCAAGUUUAGAGACGAGGAAGGCAACUUCGCAGCCGGCGACGACGUCAAGUGCUUGCUGAUGCUGUUCGACGCGGCGCACCUCAGGGUCCGCCGCGAGGAGGUGCUUGACAGCGCCAUCGCUUUCGCCAGGAGCAGGCUGGAGUCUCUGAUGAAGAGCUUGGAGCCGGAGGUGGCGGAAGAGGUGAGGUACACGCUGGAGACGCCGAGUUUCAGGAGGGUCGAGAGGGUCGAGGCACGGCGUUUCAUCUCGGUUUACGAGAAGAAGGCUGCGCGAGAUGAGACCAUGCUGGAGUUUGCCAAGCUGGACUACAACAUCUUGCAGACUAUCUACUGCGAGGAGCUGAAGGCUCUUACAAUGUGGUGGAAGAACUUCCAGUCGGUGACAGAUUUAGGGUUCGCCCGGGACAGACUGGCAGAGGUGCAUUUUUGGAUGACGGGAGUUUUUUACGAGCCUUAUUACUCGUACUCCAGGAUAAUGCUGACGAAGCUGGUUAUGCUAGCGUCCUUGUUUGACGACUUCUAUGACAAUUACAGCACCACGGAGGAAAGCAACGUCUUCACUGCAGCACUGGAAAGGUGGGAUGAACAGGCCACUGACCAGCUCCCAGAACACCUGAGGGAGUUCUACCUCAAUACACUUAGCAGUACAAAUGGAAUCGAGGAAGACUUAAAAUUUCAGAACAACAAGCACGCUGAAUUGGUCAAAGAACUGGUAAUUGACCUUGCCAAAAACUACCGUGCCGAGGUGAAAUGGAGGGACGAACACUAUGUGCCAACCAAGGUCGAAGAGCACCUACAGCUUUCUGUGCCUAGCAGUGGAUGUAUGCAAAUAGCAUCUUUUGCACUCAUUUCAAUGGGUGAUGUGGCUACGAGUGAGGCAAUUAGGUGGACAAGAACUUAUCCAAAAAUUGUUAGAGGUCUCUGUAUCAUCGGGCGCGUUAUGAAUGACAUCGUGUCACAUGAGCGAGAGCAAGCUUCGGAUCACGUGGCAUCCACGGUUCAAACCUGCAUGAAAGAGUAUGGGUUCACGGUGUCUCAGGCAAACAAGAAGAUCAGAGAAAUAGUCGAAGAAGCAUGGAUGGACAUGGUCCAAGAAUGCCUCGAGCAGAAACAUCCCACGGCAGUUUUGGAAAAGGUGGUCAAUAUUGCACGCACAAUGGAUUUCGUAUACAAGCGCGAAGAUGCUUACACCCUCCCACACAUCCUCAAGGACGUCAUGACUUCACUGUACGUGAAUUUCGUGUGAGCCUGCUGACGAUCCAGCGUCAAAAAUAAAUGCAGAGAUCAACGGUCAUCCUUAAAUACUGUACGAGAGGUGUGGAUCUCCUACCAUACAAGCGUGUAUUAUGUAACUGAGUAGCCUUCCUAUUAGAUGCUGUUAUAAGCUCAAAACAGUUACUAUAAUGCUGAAAUAAAGAAGCAUUUGGCCUCUGAA